AUGGCAACCUCAAUUGCAGAAGCUCAAAAUCCACUUGGCAUAGUACAUGUCAAUGGAACCCUGUAUUGCACCAUCAAUGGUGGCUCCAAUGGGCCUGCAACCCCACCUUUUUCUAAUGCUACCGUGCAGCUGGAAUGCGAGCCUGCGAACCUGGUCUUUUCAACGAAUUUUACAACAAAUGCGGCUGGAGGGUACGACGUAAUAGUGAUACCUAGCCAGAAUACAACACUGAACGCAAUAUUGUCUUCUUGCAAACUAGCGGUCGACACACCUCUAUCCGACUGCAAUGCAAACCUGCCAUCAGUUGGACGCCUUGUUUCGACAUUGCAGUUCGUGAAAACAGUUCCUGCUGGCUUUUUCAGGGUCACUUACCUAAUUGCUACAAAUUUUCAGCUCGUCUAA